AUGUCUGUCUUCAAAGCAACUCUGAAUCAGAGCGGCUAUCGAAGGAUUUUGAAUUCAUUAUCAGGCGACUUCCGGGCGCUAUCAGACUUUUGCUCAAGAUUCGGCGUUUACGCAAACACCUGCUCAAGAUUCGGCGUCUACGCAAUGAUAGCACAAGACUCCCGGAAAUACACCUCGACUUGCAAUCGGACUUUACAAUCUCCAAGGUCACAGGCAGCCUGGAAAGAAGACGAUAAACACCCUGACGAAAUUCUUCUUCCUUGUCUACGGAGGAUCACACGUGCUGUGCUGGCUUCAAAGCCGCCCCUACAGUAUCAGUGGUACAACUUUUGCCAGCAUAAGGAAACUAAUGAAAAAGCUUCAUUGAUACAAAGUGGGCAUGACAGAAAGGAGGAAGGGAAGGUGGAGGUUGUGGUUACUUCAGUGUCCGUGCUCAAUGACAUUCUUCAGAGCAACUCUGAAUCAAAGUGUGACAUCCAAGCGAAAAAUGAAGACUUGCAGUUAGCGCGGAAUUCGCCACAAGAAGGCAAUUUCUACUUUGUCGACAUGAGGGGAAAGGGCUUACGCGCAUGCGGCAGUCCAGGACAACUUCACAACCUACGAUCAGCUCAGAAGCAAAGACACCGAGUUUGCGGCUGUGUCAAGAUUUUGCUUGGCUCUGGAAUGUCUGUGUCGUGCCGGUACAGCACACUGUCUCACGACUGGAGCACCCUAAUACGCUAUACUCUCUCGACUCUGCGCAGCGCCAGACAUACAUUUUCACGUACGGCAGGACGUCGCCCGGCUUUCAAGCAAAUAGCGCUGACCAUGCUGUUGAUGCGACCAAUUGAUGUUACCCAAAACAUUGGGAUGGUGGACAAGCCGGGAACAUCGUCGGCCUUUUCGAGAUUAAGCAAUCCCAGAUUGCCAAACAAUCCCAACUCACCACGACGGACAGGGAUGUUGCUCCGAACCCGAGUUAGUGGCUCUCACCAUGAAUUGGUAUUAGAAACCCCACCGGGUUCGCUGAUAAAGGGGUCUGCAUUUAUUCUUGCAGAUAGGCUGAGUGACCAGCUUACCAAAAUGGCCGCUCGGGAGAUCCAAGAGGCCACCUCAAUUGACACUGUGCACGUGGAACAUCCGUACUGA